AUGGUACGAGGAACUCUUGAAGUCCUCCUUGUCUCUGCCAAAGGCCUAGAGAACACCGAUUUUCUCAGUAAUAUGGAUCCCUAUGUGAUCAUCACCUGUCGUACUCAAGAGCACAAAAGCAGUGUUGCAUCAGGAAAGGGAUCCGAUCCGGAAUGGAAUGAGACUUUUGUGUUUGCUCUUUCCGAUGAUGUUCCUGAAUUAUCGAUCAAGAUUAUGGACAGCGAUAACACCUCGGAUGACGACUUUGUCGGGGAGGCCAAGAUUCCACUUGAGGGACUUUUUACUGAAGGAAGCAUACCCCCAACAGCAUACAAUGUGGUUAAAGACGAAGAAUAUUGUGGUGAGAUCAGAGUGGGGCUAAGAUUCACACCCGAGGCAAGCCGUGAAGAGAUGUUUGAUGCCCAACUGCGGGGGAUGGAAAGAGUCUUCAUAUUGAAGUUGAUUUGUUACAUAUCGUUGGCUAUGAAUGAUUUAAUUUUUAUAUUGAUCUUUGUGAGAACUACACAAAUAAAUUGGCAAUCCCACCAAGUACUGUUUGAUGUCGUUUUGGAGUGGUUUGUUUCAGACAUGAUUUAUGUUGUUCGUGGUUGUACUAAAUUUUAG